CGUGCACUACAAAAUUUAUUUGACCCACGAGAACGUAAACUACAAUGAAGGAAAUAAAAAGGAAAUCAAAGCCAAAACGCAAGCCCACUCGCAUGGAAGUGGAGGAGAUUGAGACCUCGGAUAAACCACAGCCAGAGGAUGGUGAGUCUGCGAAUGGGGAGGCAAAUCCCUCGGAUGAAGGCGAUGAAAUGGAGCUGGCCAGCUUCAAAGCCGCCUGCAGUUCCUCGGAUCCCGCGAAGAAAAUCAAGAAGGGCAUCAUCUACAUAUCCAACAUACCCAAGCACAUGACCUUGACCCGCCUGCGGGAAAUCUUGGGCGAGUACGGCGGCAUCGGCAGAGCUUUCCUGCGGUCGCAGUCAAGUAAGCAUCAUAAUAUCCUCUUCGCCGAGGGUUGGGUGGAAUUCAAGUCGAAACAUGUGGCCAAACAGCUCGUUCUACUGCUGAACAAUAAGCAGAUAUCCACGCGCAAUAAUUCCCCAUUCUAUUACUCACUGUGGAGCAUGGAGUACCUGCCGCGCUUCAAGUGGGCCCGUCUAGCCGAGCUCAUGAACUUCGUGCAGGUCACCAACUCCCAGAACCAUCUCGAGUUCCUCAAGAAGAAGGCGAAGGAGGCCAAGGAAGUCAAGAAAGCCAUGAAGGUUCUGGCUGACAGACUUCUUGAGUUACCGCUAGACUCUAACAUCUAAUAUUAACCAGACUGCAAAUAUACUUAAAUUAAGUAGAUCAGAAUGUGUUUUUUUAUGUAUUAUUAAACGUUUUCUUUUUAAUUCCAAUAAAGGAAGAGCUAGAGCCUUUGGAUUAUC